AUCUCUCCACUUCCACGCGAAAUUUCCAGCCGCGCGAGCCUCGCGAGGAAGCAGAGUCCGUGCAGAAGCGGAGUGCGCGAAAAAUCACGUUCACCCUCCCCGUUCGCAGCCGUGUCAGUCGUGUGAUCAUCCCUGGCACACGCGCAUACACGCGCGUGCGUGCCCGUGCCUACGAACGUGGGUCAAAUCGGCCGGUCUCGAUAUCCUCCGACCUUCGCGGGCGGCCACCCCGUUGACACGCGAGACUCGAGCGACGUCGAACUCCGCGCGCGGAGCGAACGUCACGAAUAUCGUCGGCACGCAAUCGGUUUCUGAUUCGAAGGCUCGUCGGUUCCCCGGAGUCCGAAGGACAGAGCGAGCGACUCGUGGAGAUCGCUGGGAAUCGCGCGAAAGAACGUGAGAUCGCGUCGUGGUGGACUCGCGAACGGUGGUGCAAGACGAUCUGAGAGGACAACUUCCGCGGCGAGACUUUGCGACUGUGUCACCGGGAUUGAUCGAUUAUCCGGUCGUUCGGGGUGAGACGUCGGAGUCGCCGAGUUAAAGGACUUGCUGGGGCGAAAGCAAGGAGCCAGUUUGUGGCGGAGAGUGUUCGAUUAGUCGGGCGACGGGGGUCGAUCGGGGACGAGGACGAUGGCAGUGAGCACUUUCACGACGGCAUUGCCUACCACCGAUUUUGCCACUACGUGUCCUACUACACCACCCGGUAUGUCGUAGAAGAGAAAGAGAGAGAGAGGGAGAGAGAGAGAGAGAGAGAGAGCGCGAGAGAGGAACGUGUACGGUUUUAGCGCGCGCGUGCGAGUGCAAGACGCUGCUGGCGGAAUGGCGAGCGGCUCUCUGCGGCGAUGCGCGAUGUUUUUGGGCUUAAUUGUGAUUUUGAUGCUGGCAGCGCCGUGGACCGAGGCGUCGCUGCCGCCCGAAGACGAGGAGGAGAACGUCCUGCACAUCGGCGGCAUCUUUCCGAUCGCCGGCGAGGGCGGCUGGCAGGGCGGCCAGGCUUGCAUGCCAGCCGCGCACCUGGCCUUAGAGGACGUUAAUCGUGAAAAGAACUUGUUACGCGGAUAUAGACUGCACCUCCAUUCCAACGAUAGUGAGUGCGAGCCCGGUCUCGGCGCCUCCGUGAUGUACAACUUGCUAUAUUUUCCACCUUAUAAAUUAAUGCUGUUAGCCGGAUGUAGCACGGUCUGCACCACGGUUGCCGAGGCGGCAAAAAUGUGGAAUCUGGUGGUGCUUUGUUACGGUGCCUCGUCGCCAGCGUUGUCCGACCGGAAUCGAUUCCCGACCCUCUUCAGGACGCAUCCAUCUGCCACUGUGCACAAUCCCACGAGAAUCAAACUGCUACAGAAGUUUGGCUGGUCUCGGGUAGCGAUAUUACAGCAAGCCGAAGAAGUGUUCAUAUCGACUGUCGAAGAUCUGGAAGCACGGUGUAAAGAAGCUGGGAUAGAGAUAGUCACUCGUCAAAGCUUCCUGUCGGAUCCAACGGACGCGGUGAAGAAUCUACGGCGUCAGGACGCGCGGAUAAUUGUCGGCCUGUUUUACGUGGUAGCCGCGAGGCGGGUACUCUGCGAGCUCUAUCACCAGAAGCUGUACGGCAAGACCUACGUGUGGUUCUUCAUAGGUUGGUACGAGGACGACUGGUUCGAAAUCAAUCUAGAGAAGGAAGGUAUCACGUGCACGAAGGAGCAGAUGCGUAUGGCGGCGGAAGGUCACCUAACGACUGAGGCGCUCAUGUGGAACCAGAACAAUGACACGACAAUCAGCGGCAUGACCGCGGAGGACUUCCGAAAGAGACUGAACAAGCUGCUGAAAGAUGACGGUUACGACAUAGAUAACGAUCGAUAUCCUGAAGGCUAUCAGGAAGCUCCGCUUGCCUAUGAUGCCGUUUGGUCUGUCGCGUUGGCGUUUAACAGAACCAUGGAGAGGCUGAGCAAGAUGGGGAACAGUUUAAAGAACUUUACUUACAACAACAAAGAGAUUGCCGACGAGAUAUACGCGGCGGUAAACUCGACCCAAUUUCUCGGAGUUUCCGGGCACGUCGCGUUCAGCUCGCAGGGUGACCGAAUCGCUCUCACGCAGAUCGAGCAGGUGAUCGAUGGAAAGUACGUUAAGUUAGGCUACUACGACACGCAAAGCGAUAAUCUGACGUGGCGCAACGUGGAGCGAUGGAUCGGCGGCAAAGUGCCGCAAGAUAGAACGAUAAUAAGAACCGUCUUGAGAACGGUGUCACUGCCCUUAUUCAUAAGUAUGGCGACCUUGUCGGCGCUCGGUAUCGUGAUAGCCAUCGGAUUGAUCGUAUUUAACGUCUAUAAUAGGCACCGCAGAGUUAUACACUCGUCUCAUCCCACCGCCAACACGAUAAUGCUGGUGGGCAUAAUAGGCUGCUUCUUGGCUGUGCUGUGCAUAGGGAUUGACGGUAGGUUUGUGACGCCGUGGCAGUUUCUCAUCAUCUGCCAAACUAGAGCGUGGGCAAUGUCGACCGGUUUCACCCUUGCGUUCGGUGCGAUGUUUAGCAAAGUAUGGAGGGUCCACCGGCUCUCGACGAAGGCGAAGGCCGAUCAAGGAAAGUCAUUGACGGCUAAACAAAAAGUUUCGUCUAUACAGAAGAAAAUUGAGCCGUGGAAGCUGUACGUUAUGCUGGCUGGAUUGCUGUUGAUCGACAUCAUCCUCCUCGUCACUUGGCAAGUGGUCGAUCCAUUGCGUAGGAGAAUCGAGACUUUCUCGUUGGAACUGCCUCCUUACGGAGACGAGGAUGCAAUGAUCAAGCCCGAAUUAGAACAUUGCGAGAGCGAGCACAACAGCCUAUGGCUCGGCUUGAUCUACAGCUAUAAGGGCAUUGUCCUAGCUUUCGGGCUCUUUCUCUCUUACGAGACGAGAAGCAUCAAAAUCAAACUGAUCAAUGAUUCCAGAUACGUAGGAAUGUCGAUAUAUAACAUCGUAGUUCUGUGUCUCAUAACGGUACCUGUCGUAAUGGUCAUCUCUAGCCAGCAGGACGCGAGUUACGCCUUCUCGGCGUUGGCUACUAUUUUUUGUUGCUUCCUCAGCAUGGCGCUUAUCUUCGUGCCGAAAGUGAUCGAAGUGAUCAGACACCCCAAGGAUAAAUCCGAAUCGAGAUACAAUCCGGAUGGCGCGGUGUCCAAGGAAGAGGAAGAAAAGUAUCAGAAGCUGCUCAAUGAAAAUGACGAGCUUCAAAAGCUUAUCGCUACGAAGGAGGAAAGGAUUCAAACCAUCAGACAGAAGAUAGCUGAGCGCGAUGCCCUGAAAGGGACCGGUACGAUGAGUCGUUGCAGACAGGGACAGCCUAAGCAACCUUUCAUCAUUGCUGAUUAUCCGACCGGCGAGGGAACAUCGGACAGCGCUAUCGGUGGGGGUAUUUCUGUUUGUACAAAAUCUUCCCGCGCUUCCGCUUCUGAUGUUGAGUUUUCAGAGACGUACUUAUAAUCUCUCCACACACACGAGUCAAACGGUCACGCCGCUAUGGACAUCCUCAUCAGCAAUCGCGCGAUACAUUUGGGACCUAAAAUUCUUUUCAAUUAAUCUCCGUGAUUAUCGUAAAAGCUUUGGUUUAAACAAAGAGAAAACCGAACGUGUUUCCGAUAUUAUUUCGUUGUAAGUAUCGAUAGGUAUGUACUUGCGUUGUUUCUUCACGAUGCACUUUCCGACUGUUGAAGUGUGAUCAGAGCACGCGAUGAUCUACGGUAAUCACAUUACACCACGUGGUAAUAAUAAUGCAAGCAUCAGAUUACGACCGCAUCUGCACAAUUUGAAGAAACAAUGAAACCACGAAUCGCGAGUUUUAGUUAUUACAAUAGCACAUAUCUUUCUCGAGCAACUUAUCCAUAGUAAAUUGCAUCUCGUUAUCUUCAUGGACAUGCGAACAAGUAAUAGUCUAUUAUUAAGUAAUGAAAUUAAACAUUAAUGUCAUAAAUGUCCAGCUAUUCAGUAACCUAGAGAAUGUUUGCAGUAGACAAUGCAAUUUCCAUGAUAUGUCGCUUUUGUAAUAACAUACACUAGUUUCUUAGUUUCAGUGUACGUCUGUAAAUAUUAAACGCGUAAACGGUGUUAUCAGUCUGGCCUAAGUUUCGUGAAAGUUGGCUCUACUUUCUGGUAACAAUGAAUGUGUUCUAUUUUCUUCUACAAUCAUCUAGAACUCUUCUAGAUUUAUCUUCUAUUCUUAGAAUGUUAUUAUACAUUUAUAUAUGACCUGUUUCCUAUUGGACUGUUGUGUAAAUGUUCAAGAUUUAGAUGUUUAUGAGUGCUUUUUCAGCACUGUGAGAAAGUACUCGGUCAGAUCCUCAGCGUAAUACAAUCUCAUUCUAUGGACCAAGUUAUCCUGUGGAAUAACGUUUUCAGAGAGCUUUUAAGUGUUUUAUAUCUUAACUUUAACUCACACACAAGAAAAUAUAUUCUCAAAGAAAAAUAUAAUAAAUUUAGUUUUUUUUUAGACAUUAUCGUCCGUUUUCAGUUAGAAAUAUAUCUUGUGUGAUAUUGUAUUAAAAUAAAUAUAAUAUAUUUUAACAAAACUAUAAGUUAUUAUAAACACGUAACGCGUUCGCUAAACGAUGAAUCUUUAUAGCCCGGAAGCGAAAUAUACAAUUGUUUCCUCAUUAUUCGUAAUGAGUAAAAGUAAAGAAACUCUGAAGCAAUUCUUAUGUCGUGUAUGUGUAAUUCUCUCGUGCAAUUGGAAAUAUUAAUCUUUUUAAUUACACAGACAAGAUAACGAAAGACAGAAAUAUAUUUUGAAACGCACAAUGUAAAUAUAACAUGACAAAUAUGUUAAAUGAAGUAAAAUUUAAUUAUCCACACGGUUAUUAAUACUGCGGCUAUAAUUACAGAUUGAACUGAACUUAAGAUGAUGUUUGAACAUGAAUUAUCAUUUGUUACAGAGCACACAUAUAUACAUAUAUGAAACUAUAUAAUGUUUAGGCCUAAGAUCAUUUCUGCAAUGAUAUAUUUCAGUUAUAUAUUAUUGCAGUUAAAUCUCGUUAGAAAAGUGUUGUGUUAAUCGUACGUAGCAUCUCAAAUGUCGUUGUAAGCCUCAUGAAGCGUACUCCCGAAUUUGAAAAGACAAAAAAUCAAUUUGUAACAUUUAUUUGGUCCAAUCGGAUUAACAGUUAACAUAUUUGUAAUGUAUCCGUGAAUGUGUGAAAUGUGCUAACGAGAUUUAAAUGCUUAUGAAUUUUACGCCGUUCGUUUAUAAUUUGGGAGUCUUGAUGAGGUAAAGCGCUACAUCGUAGUUCAUCAUGUAAGCCUCCGUUUCAACGCGCUUGUUAAUUUUUCGACAAGCAUCCCUAGUGCAGCGCUAGAUUUACGUGUGAAGUAUCCCCCUGACACUCGUAGCUGCAAGAACGUACAUUUUCGACUUCCAAAUCAUUUACGGAUGGGCCGAUAUCAUCAGAUUAUCCACGAAACGUUCCGCGUGAUUCAUGGUGUCUGGCUUUCUGUUUUUAGGCACGCAGCACGUCGCCGAAAUGUACGAACUGCACCGACUAUGAUGCCAAAGCAAUACACACACAAACGAGCGCUAUGCCUGCGCGCGCGUGCGCGCGCGCGACAAAACUCUCUUCUAAAACUAGUAUUAAACCUACGUGCACGGUCAAUAUGCGAAUAUAAUUAGUACGACAUCUUGAGACACGCCAAAGUGAGAGUGAUCGAAAAUAUUAAGUAAUGUCCGAGAUAUGAUUUCGAGAUGGUAAGAGAAGCCACUGUCACGUACUUAAGAUGUAAGUUAGUCUAUAGCGUGUGGAAUUGUUUUAUAUGUUUCGAUACGGUAAAUACAAUUCGACUGCGCCUUAAAAUGAGAGGAAGGGGAUGGGAGAAGAAAAGAGCAGCAGCGUUACGUAUGCACUAUGUCACGCGGAUAUCACGGCUACGUACGCAAGUGCAAGUAGACCGUAAAGGCGUCAUAAAAUCGCCGUCGUGUGCCCUGUAUUUCAAUCCCGUGUAUAGGUGAUAUUUGAAAUGUAAUUUCUCGUUUGUUGCAUCUACCGCGCGCGCUCACCUACACAGUAUUUUUUACUGUACUCAUUUGAUCAACUGCCGCGCGUACGGCGCUUGUAACAUCUAGUACAUACAUUAUACAUAUACGAUAGUCCUAUCGAACUGUUGACGAAAGUAUCACAUAUAUGUACGUUAGAUUAUGGAGAUAUUUAUUUUUAAGUUUUUGAAUUAUAAAAUCCGUUAUAUAUAAAACUGGAAUGAAGAGAAUGUGCUAUACUUAUUAUUGAACCCUGAGAGAUUGUUUACGAUCGGAAAUUCGUGCGACUCGCGCAAGGUGCGAUGAUCGUGUAACGCGAAUGUUCAUAUCUCUACGUUGUUUUUAGAGUUGAGAUUUUAAUAAAGGAAUUUAAAGGCA